GUUUCUUUUUCUUCUUCUCCGUGUUCGACCGCAAAGAUGGACGCCCUCGAGUUGGAGGUGGCCAAGCAGAGCAGCGGCAUUCAGACGGCCAAGGAUCUGUUCUCUGGAGCCGUGGGAGGAAUUGCGCAAGUCUUGAUCGGCCAGCCCUUUGACAUUGUCAAGGUCCGACUCCAAACCACAACCCAGUACUCGUCCGCCCUCAACGCCGCAACCUCCAUCUACCGCAAUGAGGGCGCCCUCGCCUUCUACAAGGGCACGUUGACCCCGCUCAUCGGUAUCGGCGCCUGCGUGUCGGUCCAGUUCGGAGCCUUCAACGGCGCCAAGCGCUUCCUCCAGGAGCGCAACGGCGGCGCUGACCUUUCCUACGGCCAGUACGGCGCUGCGGGUGCUUUUGCCGGUGUUGCGAACUCGGUCCUCUCGGGCCCUAUCGAGCAUAUUCGUAUUCGUCUUCAGAGCCAGCCCCACGGAGCUGCUCGCCUGUACGAUGGCCCUGGCGACUGUAUCCGAAAGGUCGGCGCCCACGACGGUAUCCUGCGCGGCAUCUACCGCGGCCAGGCUGUGACCAUCUGGCGAGAGGCCUUUGCCUACGGCGCUUGGUUCACUGCCUUUGAGUACAUGAUGAACAAGGACGCCGCCCGCAACAAGAUCGACCGCAAGGACAUUCCCGCCUACAAGAUCGCCUUCUACGGUGGUCUCGCCGGUGAGGUCCUCUGGCUCGCGAGCUACCCCUUCGAUGUGAUCAAGAGCAAGAUGCAGACCGACGGCUUCGGUCCUAACCAGCGCUACACCACCAUGCGCGACUGCUUCUCCAAGACAUGGCGUGCCGAGGGUGCUCGCGGUUUCUGGAAGGGUAUUGGCCCUACCCUGCUGAGGGCCAUGCCUGUGAGCGCUGGUACCUUUGCUGUUGUCGAGAUGACCAUGCGGGCUCUGAACUAAAAAAGGAGAUGUAUAAAAAAAGGAGUGGGAUUCUGCUUGGUGAAUUUUAAUGCGACAAAAUGGGACUGGAAACGGCGAUUAGAUCAACAUUGACGAGCGCUGGUGAGAGAUAUCAUAGAGGGUUUUCAACAUGACCAGUUGGCGAUACGGAACGGUAGAUGAUGACCUAUGCAAACGGGGUUCAAGCCUUUGCUUUUGUUUCAACGCUUUGAGGAAGUUGUAUGGAGCGGGUAGAUUGACUUUCGAUAUCUGGGAUAAAGAUAUAAUGACAAGUCUAGCAUGAUGACUCUUU